AUCUUAGAUGACGUAACUGUAGUGGGCGGUGCUUGCUCGCUCCGGGCGUGUCGUGCGCGAGCCCGUUGUGGGCGGAUUACGUCAGUUACAGUCACGGACACCGAUCGGAGGAGAACAGAUGAGGGUGUCCUGCUGAAGCCGUGAUGAUGCUGUCGCGUCUCUUCAGGCUCCACGGCCUGUUCGUCGCCUCUCAUCCGUGGGAGGUGAUCGUGGGAACGGUUGCCGUGACGAUGUGUCUGAUGUCCAUUGCUACCAAUGACCAGAUCUAUGGCUGGAACCAUCAGUAUCCCGAGGUACAGGAGAAAAUUGUAAGCGGCGAGAUGAUCAUUUUAACCAUUACGAGGUGCGUAGCCAUCGUUUACAUCUACAUCCAGUUCAAACACCUCCGUCAGCUCGGCUCCAAAUACAUACUGGGUAUCGCUGGUCUGUUCACCAUCUUCUCCAGCUUUGUGUUCAGCACUGUGGUCGUUCACUUCCUGGGCAAAGAGCUCACAGGACUGAACGAGGCGCUGCCGUUCUUCCUGUUGCUGAUCGAUCUGUCUAAAGCCUGCACACUGGCCAAGUUCGCUCUCAGCUCAAACUCACAGGAGGAGGUCAGAGAGAAUAUCGCUCAAGGCAUGGCCAUCCUGGGACCCACGUUCACUCUGGACGCAGUGGUGGAGUGUCUGGUCAUCGGUGUGGGCACUGUGUCUGGUGUGCGUCAGCUGGAGAUCAUGUGCGGUUUCGGCUGCAUGUCGGUUCUGGCCAAUUACUUUGUGUUCAUGACCUUCUUCCCCGCCUGUGUGUCGCUGGUGUUAGAGCUGUCCCGUGAGAGCCGUGAGGGGCGGCCCAUCUGGCAGCUCAGCCAUUUCGCUCGUGUUCUGGAGGAAGAGGAGGGAAACAAACCAAACCCCGUCACUCAGAAAGUCAAAAUGAUCAUGUCUUUGGGUCUGGCGGUGGUUCACGCUCACCGUCGACUCGUGACCGAAUCUCAGACGCACAUCAUGAGCAGUUCAGACGUGGUUCUGCCCGCGCCAGACAUGGAGUCCGACAGAAGCAUGUCCAGUGUGGAUCUGGAGCAGGUCAUCACACUCUCUCUCGCUCUGUUACUGGCGGCCAAGUACGUGUUUUUCGAGCAGGCCGAAACGGAAUCCUCCCUGUCAAUCAAAUCUCCUGUGGCCACGCCCAACUGCUCCCUGACCAAUAGGAGAGGAGGAGAGCAGCGCUGUCAGAGGGAGUCGGCCCCGCCCAAAGCCCUGAGGGGGGUCCCUAUGAAUAAAAGUGAAGGAGAGCCGCCUGAUCCGUCAGAUGAGCUCCAGUCUCACCAGCGCCGCCCUGUGGACGAAUGUCGUAAUUCAUCAAGAGGAGCUCGUUGCCUGACUAACGCCGAGGUGAUGGCAUUAGUGGAGUGCAGGGGCAUUCUGGGAUACCGUUUGGAGGCGGUGAUGGAGAAUCCCGAGAGAGGAGUGGCCAUACGCAGAGAAAUGCUGUCCGCCAAACUCCCGGCGGCGUCUGCGCUGGAGAAGCUGCCCUACAGACACUACGACUACUCUCAGGUGUUUGGCACCAACUGUGAGAAUGUGAUUGGCUAUGUACCUGUGCCAGUGGGCGUGGCCGGACCGCUCCUGUUGGACGGGAGAGAGUUCCACGUCCCCAUGGCAACCACAGAAGGCUGUUUGGUGGCCAGCACUAACCGAGGAUGCCGAGCCGUCACACUGUCGGGUGGCGUGAGCAGUCGUGUUCUGGCGGAUGGAAUGACUCGAGGGCCGGUGGUUCAGAUGCCGUCGGCGUGUCGUGCAGCGGAGGUCAAGGGCUGGCUGGAGACUUCAGAGGGGUUCAGUGCCGUCAAACAGGCCUUCGAUCACACCAGCAGGUUUGCUCGUCUGGACCGGCUGCAGGUCAGUUUGGCCGGGAGGAACCUGUACAUCCGCUUCCAGUCUCAGACCGGAGACGCCAUGGGUAUGAACAUGCUGUCAAAGGGAACAGAGCAGGCUCUCAGCAGACUUCAGGAGCGUUAUCCUGACAUGCGUCUGCUAGCCGUCAGCGGGAACUACUGCACUGAUAAAAAACCCGCCGCUGUCAACUGGAUCCACGGCAGAGGGAAGUCCACCGUGUGUGAAGCCGUCGUACCGGCACGAGUCGUCCGAGAGGUGUUGAAGAGCAGCACAGCGGCUCUGGUGGAGCUGAACAUCAGUAAGAAUCUGGUCGGUUCAGCGAUGGCCGGAAGCAUCGGGGGAUUCAACGCUCAUGCGGCAAACGUCGUAGCGGCCAUUUAUAUCGCCUGCGGACAGGAUCCGGCGCAGACGGUGGGCAGCAGUAACUGUAUUACUCUGAUGGAGUGUGUCGGGACGGAUGGAGACGAUCUGUACGUGUCCUGCACGAUGCCGUCAUUAGAGCUGGGAACUGUGGGAGGAGGAACCGGUCUGCCUGCACAACACGCGUGUGUUGAUCAGAUGUUGGGUGUUCACGGCUCCAGUGAUCAGUGUCCCGGUGAGAACUCGCGGACGCUGGCGAGGAUCGUCUGUGCCACGGUUCUGGCCGGAGAGCUCUCUCUGAUGGCUGCUCUCACCGCCGGACACCUCGUCAAGAGUCACAUGACUCACAACAGGUCAAAAGCCAAUCUUAGAGAAACUGAACUGCAGCCGAAGGAAGCUUCAUGAAGCAGAGAGAACUCUGGGAAAUGGAGUCUUUGUGGUUCUCAUGUUUAUUCUCAGGGCGUCUGAAGACACGGAUGUCUGGAGGAGUUCUCUUCCGUGAAGCAGCUGGGAAAUGCUAAUGCUUGAGGUUUUGUAAGGCGACUGCACGAGUAAAUGAGUGAGAAGCUCCUGCAUUUGAAGCUUGAUCGCUGCACGUUUCACUGAAUCUGUGUCCGUUUAGUCUCGCACUAAAAUCCCAAAAAAAGAUUUGCCAAAACCUGGUACUAGCUAAAGUCAAAACACAGCAAAGUUUUUAUCGCUUGAUGGUAAAAAUGCUGAGAAUUCCAGAAAAUGGCACACCGGCGGACAGUUUCUAGACUAAAUCAUGAUCUCAGAUCAGAGUUUGAUGGGGAUUUAGCGGUUUUGAUCCUCAGGUUAUGAAUGAAUGUAUUUAAUUCAUGUGUUCAGUUAAUCAUGCCAAACUCACUGUGACAAACUUAUAAAACGAGGUGCACCUACAGUAAAUCUGAGUUUAUGAAUCUGAGUGUGAGUGUGGAUGUUUGCACUAGUUGUAUUGUAUGUGUUACUAAAGAACCGGGUCUGAUUGUGUCACGUUUCUGUUGCCACUGUAUGAAUUCAUGACUAAAGUGCUUCAGCUUUUCUCAACAGAAGCAAAUCCUUUCACUUUCUGAUGGCAAGAAAGUGCUGAUGAAGCCAUAUCUGUGUCUUUUAAACUUGCUUAUUUCCUGCUAAACCACUGAUCAGAUGAGCAUAUUUUUAAAUUGUCAGUAUUUUUGUUGAACUCUUAAAUGGAUUAAACUAGACAAAUAAACAUUAACAGAGUAUCAGCUGCA